AUGGCUGACUUCAAUGUCAGUAGUUCCCUAUCCACCACAUUUUAUCUCACUGGAAUCCCUGGCUAUGAGGUAGCACAUCAUUGGAUCUCCAUCCCUUUCUGUGUCCUCUACCUUAUUGGGAUAAUAGGCAACUGUACCAUCCUUCAUAUUGUCCGGACUGACCCAAGCCUUCAUGAACCCAUGUACUAUUUCUUGGCCAUGCUGUCCCUCACUGAUAUGGGCAUGUCCCUUCCCACUCUUGUAACUCUCUUUCGAGUUCUAUGGUCCAUUUCCAGGGAGAUUGAAUUCAACAUUUGUGUAGUCCAGAUGUUUUUCAUUCAUACUUUCUCCUUCACAGAAUCAGCUGUGCUCCUAGCAAUGGCUUUUGACCGCUAUGUAGCCAUUUGCAACCCAUUGCGCUAUGCCACUAUCCUCACACCACAGCGCAUUGCUAAGAUUGGAGUGGCAGCUUUCCUUAGGAGUGCAUUUUGCAUGAUUCCACUUUUGGCCCGCCUAGCAUACUUCCCUUUCUGCCAUUCCCAUGUCCUUUCUCACUCCUACUGCCUACAUCAGGAUAUGAUUCGCUUGGCUUGUGCUGAUACCAAGUUUAAUGUUAUCUAUGGGUUGGUUUUAAUCACUGUACUAUGGGGAUUUGACUCCUUGGGCAUCUUGGUGUCCUAUAUCUUUAUUCUCCGUUCUGUGCUGAGCAUUGCAUCCCGGGAGGAGAGACUCAAAGCCCUCAACACAUGUGCCUCCCACAUCUGUGCUGUUCUCAUUCUCUAUGUGCCUAUGAUUGGCCUGUCCAUUGUUCACCGUUUUGCAAAAGAUGCUUCUCCUCUUGUUCAUAUUCUCAUGGCCCAUAUCUACCUGCUGGUCCCCCCUGUGCUAAAUCCUAUCAUUUACAGUGUGAAGACCAAGCAGAUUCGCAGAGGGGUCAUGCGUCUACUUGCCCCUAAAAGGAUUUGUUCUAUCCUCGAGUAG